GCAGCUUGGUCUUCUUCAGUCUCGUGCCAGCAUCAGCAGGAGCAAGGGCCGCGACUAUGCCAGCAGGAGGAGCAAGUAGCGACUGUGCCAGCAAUAGGAGCAAGUAGCGACUGUGCCGUUCUUCACCCAGGCAAGUGUAUCUCGAAGAUUUGAUUUGUUCUUGUGUUCGCUAGAAGCUGCAUGCCUGCAUCUAUGAGCUAUAUGCUAAUUUGAGAGAUCGAUUCUUGUGCCAACUAAUUUUUAUAUGCUAAAUUGAGAGAUCGAUUCAUGUGCCAACUAAUUUUGAUUCACUGUAGUGCUUCCUUUCCAUGUAGUGCCCUACUAAUUUAACCGAGCAACUUUUAUCCAUAGAUUCAUCUUUCUAGUUAGGAAUAUGAUAAAAAAAAUUUACUGCCAAGGCUAAUCUUAUUCUUAUAUGUGGCCGGCUGUGCCAGUGAACCAUCACUGCCAUGGACAGGGAGAGGGUGCAGCGCCAAGACAAUGGGACGGGGAGGGAGGUACCUGUCAGCGAUGGUGAUGUUGGCUCAGCCAGUGGAGCUGGCGACAUUGUGACUGCUAAAAAUGGAGCUCAGGUAAAGCUGCGAGGACCUGUUGAGGAUCCAUGGAGCCAUGGUGAGAAGUGGAAACAAACUGGAUGGAGCUGUAGCUACUGUAAUGCUAGAAAGGGAAGUGGAGGUGUAACUCGUCUCAGAAAUCAUCUAGCUAGUUUACAAGGGGAUGUUGUGCCAUGCCCUUAUGUGCCAAGGUUUGUGAGGAGGAUAAUGCUGGAUAAAGAUGCAGAAGGAAGAAAAAGGAGGGCUGAUAUGAAAGAACGUCGUCUCUAUGUGCAAAAAGCAAUUCAGGAUGAAGCAUAUGAAGAUCAUAGAAGGGCUAACAUUCCUCGUGAUGAAGCGGGGCAGAUUGAUUGGGCAUUAAAAGAAUCAUUGAGGAAAACUAGGGGAAGUGGUAGCAGCCCUCCUUUUGGUAGGGUAGGUAGCAGUACCCCUCCUUUAGGUAGGGCAAGUAGCAGCACCCCGCCUUUGGGUAGAGCAAGUUGCUCGGGUACUCAGACAAGAAUGGAUAGGUUUUAUCGGAGUUAA